AUGGGAAGCAUGGAAGUUAAGAAGAACAAUGAGUUCGCGUCUGCCGCCAGGGACAUAAUCUUCUCUGGCGGCGUCACGGAUUCCAGGGAGAAGGAAGACGAUGAUGAUGGCGCCAUCACCGAUGGAGACGCUGAUGAUGACAUGGUCAACUCCAAACGAACCUUCUCUGCUAUAAGAAUCCAGAAGAGGAACUCAGAGAGUGGCCUUCUGAAAAAGGUCAUUCCAUUCCAUUGGGCUCCUAUGCUUCAGCCCUUGACCGAGAAUGAUAUCGACACAUGUGUGACCGUCGAAAAUGUCGCACUCUCAGAAAUAUAUAGAUCUCCACGCGAAAAGAUUGAAUACCGUAUCCGAAAAUCAGGAAUUUGCUACGGCCUGUUUAAUACUGUUAGACCAACAGAUGUGAAGAAAAUCACCCUCACUGCAAUGCAGCACAGUCGCCAGGUCGAGGGUGGUCGCUGCGAUGGAGCCAAACAUGUCAUGUUUGGGCACGUUCUCGCUACCCUUGGAACCCACCCGGUCAUUACUGAUGCGGACAUGGCCAUGCCUGAGAACUGGCGGGAUUCGAAGGCCUCCAAAGGUUCUCCCCUAGGCCACCAAUCCUCUGGGAGGACUAUUUGUCUCCACUCCUUCAUUGUGUGCCCAGAGGUUCAGGGUGUUGGUAUUGGCAAAACGGUGAUGAAGUCGUAUCUGGAGCUCAUGAACGAUUCUGGUAUAGCCGACCGAGUUGCGAUUAUCUGCCAGCCAUACGCUAUUCAGUUCUAUAAGUGCUUCGGAUUCAAAGAUCUUGGCCUUAGCACAGAAGCCCUUGUUGGUCAAGGCUACCACUCUAUGGUGCUCGAACUGCGGGGCCCCAAGAGAAAGACCAAAGAGGAGCCUACGCGAAAGAACAAGGAAGAUACUAAGGAUGCCAAGCCUAAGAAGCCAUCAUAA